CUGUCGAUUCGAAAUACAAAGUCGUCGUAAACGAAGAAACCUAGAGUCACUAAGACUAGCCAGUCCCACAAGAGAAGAACGAUGCGUGAGUGAAUUGGCCGAACAAAUCUGUCAAGUCUACAUUGAUCAAGGAACAAAAGCAGUAAAGAAAUUCGAACUUCCGUUGGAUACUAUGGUUGAUCAUUAUAUUGUUGAAGAUGUUUUGAUUGCAUGUGUUUUCGAUACCCGAACAACUGGAGAUAAACAGAUCGGUGCAAGCAGUAUUGAUGUUCUCUUGUCGGAAGGUGCCAGUUUUCUAUCGCCAAAAAACGAUACGGAGUAUGCCAGUUAUAUGAAAGAAACCACUAGAAUAAAAGAAGACGCAUUAGUUGAAGCUACAGCACAGAUCGAUAUGAUGAUUCUAACCACCGAAACAACAACGUUUGGUAUUUGA